AUGAAACAAAAAAUUGAAGAGAAGGCACCUCGCCAUGGUUGCUGCCAGAAACAAGUGCUAAAACCCAGCUUGGAGAGAUCAAGGAUCGAACUUGAUUGGCCAUCCAAAUCCACGAGGAUUUUGGCAAUAUGGGUCGGUCCGAAUCUUGUUAGCAGGGUUUAUCUGAUCUGGUGGGGCUGUUUUUCUUUAGAUUAUAGAACCCCAGAAGAUAGAAGAAGUUGUUUAUUGUGGACAAGAAUGGGUUGUAGCUGCUUUGGUACUUCAGUUGCUGACAGGAAAAGGAGGUCUGGUCACUUUGGCCAUGAUCUUGAUGGAAAUUUGCUGGAAAAUAUUAAAACUUUUUCCUACAAUGAAUUAAGAUCGGCGACCGAUGAUUUCCAUUCCAGUAAUAAGAUAGGGCGAGGAGGUUUUGGAACUGUUUACAAGGGAACCCUGAAAAGUGGCAAGCAAGUUGCUGUGAAGACACUUUCUGCUCGGUCGAAGCAGGGAGUCCGUGAAUUCUUAAAUGAGAUUAUUACUAUAUCAAAUGUCAGGCAUCCAAACCUUGUUGAGUUGAUUGGGUGCUGUGUUGAAGGAGCGGAUCGGGUUUUGGUCUAUGAAUAUGCUGAGAAUAACAGCCUUGAUCAUGCAUUGUUAGGUUCAAAGAGUAAAAACAUCAUACUCAAUUGGGAAAAAAGAUCAGCCAUUUGCUUGGGUACUGCUAGGGGUCUUAUGUUUCUUCAUGAGGAACUGAUGCCACAUAUUGUCCAUAGAGAUAUCAAGGCUAGUAAUAUACUUCUAGACAGAGAUUUUAACCCCAAAAUUGGAGACUUUGGGUUGGCUAAACUCUUCCCUGAUAACAUCACUCAUAUUAGCACAAGGAUUGCAGGAACAACUGGUUAUUUAGCACCAGAAUACGCUCUGGGAGGUCAGUUAACCAAGAAGGCUGAUGUUUACAGUUUCGGUGUUCUUGUUCUUGAAAUAGUUAGUGGCAGAAGCAGUGCCAAGGAAAACUGGGGAGGGACAGAAAAGUUUCUCCUCGAAUGGGCAUGGCAGCUCCAUGAAGAAGGGCGACUAUUGGAGCUUGUCGACCCAGAGAUGGGGGAAUUUCCUGAGGAAGAACUCCUUAGGUACAUGAAGGUUGCAUUUUUCUGCACCCAAGCAGCAGCAAGCCGAAGGCCAACGAUGAGUGUGGUUGUUGAGAUGCUCUCAAGAAACAUCAGAAUCAAUGAGAAGCAACUUACAGCCCCAGGUUUCUUCAACAAUUCAGGGAGCCUCAGCGGACCUUCUUCAAGUAAAAAAUCAUCUGCCGACACAACUAGCUAUCAGAUGAGUUCUGUCCCUGACACUAUAACUCAAGUAGCACCUCGCUGA